CAUGAGACAACGCCUUCUCUCUCUUCUCGGGGUCACCUUCAUAUCUCUCUAAUUUUACGCAGAAGUAUCGAUAUAAUAGCGACGGCCAAUCUCUCUUUGAACUCAGUAAAAGCAUCAGUCUUUCCCGAAUAAGGUUCUCUCUUAUCAGUAUUGCCGCAAACUCACGUCAUCAACGGCUUUGCAGGGACCAGAUGCAGGUACAAGCUUAAGCUUCACAUGCUGUCGCCAUCGCAAGUGACUACUUGACGCUGAGAGGACGCCUCAAUUUCUAGUGAGGAUGAUGGGUCAACGACUUUCAUUUCAUCGAUUUCUCUUCAUAUUUUGGCUGGCACUUUUUGCCGUCCUUGUCUCGGGGGAUAGCGAUGACGAGUGGACGUACAAGCACGAGCCCGGUCGGUGCGCCAUUCGAGGACACUGCGGGAAAAAGUCCUUCUUUGGCGGACAGCUGCCGUGUCCUGAUAAUGGACCUGCUGAAGAUCCGUCAGAUGCUGUGCGCGAAAGGCUGGUCAAUAUCUGUGGAGACAAAUGGUCCGAGGGACCGGUCUGUUGCCAAGAGGAUCAGCUUGAUGCUUUAUCUAGCAAUCUGAAGCGUGCAGAGACCAUUAUCGCGUCGUGUCCGGCAUGCAAGGAGAAUUUUUUCAAUCUCUUUUGCACAUUUACCUGCUCACCUGACCAGUCGCUUUUCGUCAAUGUCACCAAAACGCAGCUAGCUUCGAGCAAAAAGCUUAUUGUCACGGAACUCGAUACUCUUGUAUCUGAUACCUACGGAACGGGAUUCUAUGACAGUUGCAAAGAUGUCAAGUUUUCUGGGACCAACGGUUAUGCAAUGGACCUUAUUGGCGGUGGCGCCAAGAAUUACACUUCCUUCCUAAAGUUCCUGGGAGACGAGAAACCAUUUGGGAGCCCGUUUCAGUUGAACUUUCCUAGGCCGGCAGGGCGCGAGAAGGACGGCAUGAGCGCCAUGGACAAUACCCCGAAGCAAUGCAAUGAUACAGACACCCGGUACCGUUGCGCCUGUGUGGAUUGUCCGGCAGUGUGUCCGGCAUUACCGGAGGUGGCAGAGGCGAAAACAUGUCAUGUUGGCGCGCUUCAUUGCCUUUCGUUUGCCGUCAUUAUCGUCUAUUCAGUUUUCCUAUUGGUCCUUGUCGCGGUCGUCUCAGGACAUGUAGCAUACCAGAGACAUGCUAGACACAAGAGCGAACGACUGCGGCUAUUGCAGGACGCGGCUGCAAGCGAUGAUGAGGAUGAAGGCGAUGUGGUUCUCGAUGCUGGCUUUUUAGAUCGGCCGCAAAAGUACUAUCGGCUAAACACUUUUUUCGACAAGGUGUUCCGCAAAUUAGGAGAGAUUGCGGCCCGCUUCCCCGCAAUUACUAUCGGAACGAGCAUCGUCAUUGUUGGGCUCUUGAGUAUCGGGUGGGUUAGGUUCGCAGUCGAAAGGGACCCUGUACGCCUAUGGGUCAGCCCCAACUCGGCUGCAGCGGAAGAAAAGGCAUUCUUUGAUGAAAAGUUUGGACCGUUCUUCCGUGCACAACAAGCCUUCCUGGUCAAUGAUACGGGCUCUGAACCCGGUCCAGUCUUAAGUUAUGAUACACUUGGAUGGUGGUUUGAUGUGGAACAGCGUGUGCAGCGACUCAAAUCCAUCUCCAAUGGAGGCACUUUCGAUGAAGUCUGCUAUAAACCGACUGGCGAUGCUUGUGUCGUACAAUCCGUGACCGGGUAUUUCGGAGGCAUGUUCAGCAGCGUUGACCCGGACACAUGGCAGGAUGACUUGAGAGCUUGUACAGCUUCGCCGGUCAACUGCUUGCCUGAUUUCCAGCAGCCUCUCAAAAGGGAGAUGAUUCUGGGCGGAUGGGAGGAAACUGGGGAUGUGGUCGACUCAAAGGCGCUAAUUGUGACGUGGGUGGUGAAGAAUCAUCCCGAGGGCUCAGGUGAAGAGGCAUAUGCCAUGGACUGGGAGCGCAGCCUCAAAUCGCUGCUGCUGGCAGUGCAAGACGAAGCACGGGACAUGGGUCUGCGACUGUCCUUUUCGACCGAGAUCAGUCUGGAGGAAGAACUAAAUAAAUCGACAAAUACUGAUGCGAAGAUUGUCGUGGUGAGUUAUAUCAUCAUGUUCAUCUACGCAUCAUUGGCGUUGGGAUCUACGACUUUGGCAACAAAGUCAAUCCUGUACCGUCCCGCAAGUGCGCUGGUGCAGUCCAAGUUCACGCUAGGCAUCUUUGGCAUUAUCAUAGUCUUGAUGUCUGUAUCAGCGUCUGUUGGCUUGUUUGCGGCGGCUGGCGUCAAGGUUACUCUUAUCAUUGCCGAGGUGAUUCCAUUUUUGGUGCUCGCUGUUGGAGUGGACAAUAUCUUCCUCAUUGUUCACGAGUUUGAGCGUAUCAAUGUCAGCCAUCCGGACGAUACUAUCGAGCUGCGCGUCAGCAAGGCUCUUGGCCGCAUGGGCCCUAGUAUUCUCCUCUCGGCCACUACCGAGACGAUUGCCUUUGCUCUGGGCGCUGUGGUUGAUAUGCCCGCGGUGAGGAAUUUUGCGGUAUACGCGGCGGGAGCGGUGUUCAUCAAUGCCCUUUUGCAAGUGACCAUGUUUGUGUCUGUCCUCACAUUGAACCAGCGCCGUGUUGAGAGCAACCGGACAGACUGCUUCCCAUGCAUCAAGGUCCGAAAUUCGGAGGGUCUAUCCAGCAGCCUGACAGGUGGACGGCCAUAUGCUGCCGAGGACGAAGGGCUUGUUCAGAAAUUUGUCCGUCGAAUUUAUGCUCCUGCUCUGCUCAACCGCAAGACCAAGGUCGGGAUAGUUGUUGCAUUCCUUGGGCUCUUCACUGCUGCAAUUGCGCUUAUCCCGCGAGUUUCUCUGGGACUUGACCAGCGCAUUGCUAUCCCCAGCGAUUCGUAUCUGAUCAACUACUUUAACGAUCUAUACGACUACUUUGACUCUGGACCACCCGUCUAUUUUGUCACGCGCGAACUCAACACCACACAACGCGCUCACCAGCAACAGCUCUGCGGCCGGUUCUCAACCUGCGAUCCCUUUUCCAUUGUCAAUGUGCUUGAACAGGAGCGGAAACGGCCUAACAUUUCUUACAUUUCUGAGCCCGCGGCAAGCUGGAUCGAUGACUACUUUAUUUGGCUCAAUCCCGCACUAGAGGAAUGUUGCGUCGAAGGCGCUACUGGUGAGGUUUGCUUUGAAAACCGCAACCCACCAUGGAAUAUUACCCUCUAUGGCAUGCCUGAGGGGCAAGAAUUCAUAGAUUAUCUCUCCAAAUGGAUCGAAUCACCCACAGACGAAUCCUGUCCUGUAGCCGGCAAGGCCGCCUACGGAGACGCUCUUGUCAUUGACCAAGCCCGUCUCACCACUCCUGCCAGCCAUUUCCGAUCCAGUCACACGCCGCUUCGCAGCCAAGAAGAUUUUAUCAACGCGUACGCCUCUGCGCGACGCAUCGCCAAUACCCUCCGCGAACAUACCGGAGUGGAUGUGUUCCCGUAUUCUAAAUUCUACAUCUUCUUUGACCAAUACGCAACGAUUGUCCGUCUCGCGGGUACUCUGCUCGGCUCCGCACUCGCCAUGAUUCUCGUCGUGUCCUCGACCCUGCUCGGUUCCGUGAUGACUGGCGCCGUGGUCACCAUCACUGUCAUUAUGAUUGUCAUCGACAUUAUCGGCAGCAUGGCCCUGUUUGGCGUCUCCCUCAAUGCAGUGUCACUCGUCAACUUGGUCAUAUGCGUCGGCAUUGGCGUCGAGUUUUGCGCGCACAUUGCUCGCGCCUUCAUGUUCCCGUCUCGCAACAUUAUGGAGCGCGCAAAGAGCAAGUUCCGUGGCCGCGAUGCCCGUGCCUGGACUGCCCUCGUCAAUGUGGGAAGCAGCGUGUUUAGCGGCAUCACGGUGACCAAACUACUAGGAGUCAUUGUCCUGGCCUUUACCCGCAGCAAGAUUUUUGAAAUUUACUAUUUCCGAAUCUGGCUCUCCCUCGUCGUCUUGGCCGCCACGCAUGCUCUGGUCUUUUUGCCCGUCGCCUUGAGUCUUGUCGGUGGAGAGGGCUACGUCGACCCCGAAUCCGACGGCGGUCUCGAAGAAGACUUGACUUCUCGACGAUACCGUGCCCUGCUACCCGAAGAAGACGAUGACGAUUACGAUUUUGAUGAUUGAAAACUCGUGUUAAUGAGCUGAGCAUGUAUAUCGGUAGCAUGGCAGUAUCUUAUCAUGUAUUCUGUAUACCAGCAGCGCGGUAUCGUACCAUGUAAUUCUGUAAUAUGUACCUACCUACCUACCUACCUACCUAUCUAGUAUCAAGCAUGUCUGAGAGAUGGGAACCUGAGGCAGAUUUGUCAUAUAGCUGAAUAAUAUGUAGAAUUGCUCCAAUUACUUUCCCCU